AAUGAACCUGGUUUCCCUGAUCCCAGCGAUGGGGCAGUCGUCAGGUGCAUUGGUAGCGCGGAGUGGGACGAAUACUAUGAAUUGCCAUCAUGGGCACAGCAGUUCCCUUUUGGCAGCGAAUCACUUUUCACCCUUCCUGUCGGCUCUGACUCUCUGUAUCUCGUCUCUCGGGGUGCUUUCCAGUACGGCACUGUCACCGUGGAGCAGUCCACGGAGGUCUCAGAUGAUGUCAUCGUACGCGUACGCGCUGCAUAUUUUAAAGAAGAGGCCUUUGAACGUGCAAAUGUUUGCCGCCUUAAUCGCCAGGAAAAUCAGAAUGGAAUCGGUAGCCCUCUCCCUGGCCAGGAUAACAAGGAUCGGCUCAUGUUUGAUGUCACAUUGACUUUGCCUGCCAGUGCGAGCGAGGAUGCCCUCUACAUCAAGAGUUUAAGGACCUCUGCGCCUCUUUUCCGCCACGAAGUCUCAGCUUUGUCGGCCACUGUUUUCUUUGGCAGUAUUUCGUUAAAUACUUUGCAUUUCCCGAUCAACGUCCAGUCUGUAGCAGCCGAGACAGGGAUUUUUACCACUGCUAACGGGCUUAUCAAAGGACACUUUCAUUCAACGUCGUCUCUCAAACUCAUUACUACCAACAUGGCCAUCAACGCAGAUAUUGACCUAUUUCAUAACGAAUCUGCAAAGCCGUCUGAAUUGGUCAUAACAACGGCAAAUGCGCCCCUUGAUGCACGUGUAUCUUUGACUACUGCCUCGGGACAUGCCGGAGAAUUCGGAGUUGAUGCACAAACCGCGAACGCCCCGCUUAAACUCACCUAUACCAACUCGCCAGUUUAUUCUCAGCUCAACAGUAAGGCAAGAACCGCGAAUGCUCCAGCGACUGUACACCUGCAUAGCGCAUUCGAAGGCUCUUUCUCUGUAUCCUCAUUCAUCGGGCCCUCUCUUGAGCAACAUAGAGUCGAGGAUCCCGCAGGCAAAGGGCGUCAACGUCACAUCACUGCAUCCCGCAGCAGGGGACACAUUCAAGGCUCUGUUCGAUGGGUUGAGGGCGAACAUAGUGGAGGAGGAACCGGUUUUGUUCAAGUAUGGACGACGUUAUCGCCUGCCAAGUUGAUCUUGUGA